UAGAAUAUUAGAUGUGGGCGGACAACGCUCGGAAAGGAAAAAGUGGAUACACUGCUUCGAAAAUGUGACGGGAAUCAUAUUCUGUGUGGCGUUGAGUGCUUACGACCAGAUGUUGCAAGAAGACCACGAGACGAAUCGUAUGCACGAGAGUUUAAAGCUUUUUGAUUCCGUAGCGAACAGUCGGUGGUUUGCGCAAUCAGCGAUUAUCUUGUUGCUAAACAAAACGGAUCUUUUCGUCGAUAAAAUCACGAGAGUGCCCUUAAACGUGUGCUUUCCGGACUACGAAGGCAAUAAUGACUUCCAAGAAGCUAUCGAAUAUAUCCGAGAUCAAUACGAAUCGCUCAAUCGCACACCCCAACGGACGCUUAUCUAUACCCACCUGACGUGUGCUACGGACACCGAGAAUGUCAGAUUUGUGAUGGAUGCAGUUACAGACACAGUAAUCCAAACCAGAAUGCAGGAUACAGGUUUCAUUUAAUACUGGGGUACAGUUUUGAAUCUCGGCCUUAUCUUUCUGAGAAUUUGUAAUAAAUGAGAAUGGUUUCGGAAUAUGUACGAACGCUUUUCGUGUGAAUGGCAGCGAUAAUAAUCAUCUAAG